GGGUUCCUCUCACAGUAGCAGUACUGUCUACAUGGCGUCCGGUGGAGGUCCUGCGUGACAACGAACAGCGUCUCAGCACCGAAACCGGCAGCAGCGCGAUGGCCUCCGCUCACGGGCGACUGGGCCAGCAGAUUGUGGCCGUGUUGGAUGUGGCUCUGCGGGUUCCGAGCAUCUUUAUUAUCGACGCCAUCUUUAACUCGUACGCUGAUCCCGGUACCGGAUGGAGCGGAACCGCCGGGAGAGUGUUCGUCCGCGCGCUGGGUGUUGCGGUGUCCGGUGUGGUUCUGGUCCUGUCCCAGAAGUCCCUGUUAAAGUUCUACACUCUAUUCUUGGCGGUUCUGCUGGGUGCCGCAUCGGUUCUUGUGAAUUAUUAUGGCACAUCUCACAAUGACUUCUACAGCGUGUACAAUAAAGCAGCACUCAGUUUCGGGCUGAUGCCCCGUAACGGCCCCACGCUGUGGCUCGGCCUCGCGGUCCUGCAGCUGCUGUUUGGGUUGGGCUACGUGGUGCUGCUCAACGUGCAGUCCGUCUGCGCCGCCCUGGUGGUGCUGGACAUCAUGAUUCCCCUGCUAGGGCUCAUCUUGGACCUUCCGUUGGACAAACGGCAGCUGGUCGCCGUGGUGUCGGGAACAUUUCUGGCCGUGCACACGGCCGUGAGUCUCCUGCUGAAACUCAAGUGGUUUUACUACUCGUGCCGCUACGUAUACCUGCUGCUGCGGCACAUGUACAGAAUCUACGGCCUGCAGCUGCUGCUCGAGGACACGUGGAAGCGCAUCCGCUUCCCGGACAUCCUGCGCGUGUUCUGGCUAACGCGCAUGAUGGCACAGGCCGUGAUCCUGGUCUAUGUGGUGCGGGUGGUGCGCACCGAGAGCAGACUGCAGAUGACCUGGGAUGUGUUCUGGGAAUUAUUCAGCAACCUGAUCAUUAGCGGCUGCGACUCAACACUCACCGUGUUGGGCAUGAGCGCCGUCAUCUCCUCCAUGGCUCACUACCUGGGAUUGAGUAUCCUCGCCUUCAUCGGCUCCACUGAGGAAGAGGAUAAGAGGCUGGGCUUCGUCGCGCCGGUUCUGUUCUUCAUCCUGGCCUUGCAGACGGGUCUAAGCGGGCUGCUUCCCGAGGAGCGCUUGGUUCGGCUCAGCAGGAACAUGUGCCUUUUGCUAACGGCUAUUUUGCAUUUCAUCCACGGCAUGACGGACCCGGUGCUCAUGUCAUUGAGUGCAUCGCAUGUUUCGUCAGUCCGCAGACACGUACCCGUGCUGCUGGUGUCGCUGGUCCUCUUUGUGUUGCCCAUCCUGCUCAGUUACCAGCUUUGGCAUCGUAACGACCUCAACACCUGGCUCUUCGCCGUCACCGCGUUCUGUGUCGAACUCUGCCUGAAGGUCCUGGUGUCUCUCACCGUAUACACGCUCUUCAUGAUCGACGGCUUCUAUAAUGUGCUCUGGGAGAAGCUUGAUGACUACGCCUACUACGCUCGCUCCUCCGUAACGCCAUCGAAGUUCAUCUUCGGCGUGAUCAUGUUCGAAACGGCGCAGCAUACGAUGAUGUUCGAGGCAGGCAGCAAAAUCCGCGCCUGCAUGAUGUGCCUUCACGCGUACUUCAACAUCUACCUGCAGGCCAAGAACGGCUGGAAGACCUUCAUCAACCGGCGCACGGCCGUCAAGAAGAUCAACUCUCUUCCUGAGGUCAAAGGAGCACAGCUCCGAGACAUCGAGGACGUUUGCGCCAUCUGCUACCAAGAGUUCGCCGCGUCCGCGCGCAUCACGCCCUGCCACCAUUACUUCCACGCGCUCUGCUUGCGCAAGUGGCUGUACAUCCAGGACACGUGUCCCAUGUGCCACCAGCGCGUCUACAUCGAGGAGGACGGCCACGAGCAUGCGCCGUUCUCCAACAACAACGGAUACGCGCCUCAGGAGCAGGCGGAGUUUGAGGAGAGGGGCGGGGCCGAGGCGGCUGCAGGAGGGGCGGAGCCUGAUAAUGAGCUCCUGGAGGACAAUGACAGUAUCGAGUAUGAUGAAGAGGAGUGGGGAACGCAGCCCGGUGUAGCGCUGAUAGAAGAAGAGGAUUAUAGGAACAAUGAUACAGACUCCAAUUGAGCGAGUGUCAGCACAGAUAUUUAAGUUAACAAGCGUUUGCAAGAUCAGGGAUGUUAUUUCUCUCUCCCGAUGUUUUAUUUUGUUCCUCUGUGUUCGUAAAAGGGCUGAUCACGGGGUUGAAUUGUUUGUCUGGACUACUUGAGGAUGUUAGUCCACCCCAAAAUAAUUUAUUCACCCUCAACGUCACUCCCAAACCGUGUUUUACAGAUGAAAGAAAGUGGGUUUGGAACGACACGAGGGUGAGUAAACGAUUUCGGUGUGAAGUAUCCUUUAGAGUGAUAUGCUACUGCAAUCGGAGUAUACCUCGAUAUGAUCACUACUGGUUUCUUGUGUGACCUUAUAAUUGUGUACAUUAUUGUACAUGUAAUAAAGAACGAUACAGUGUCCUAAACAAACGUACAGAGACUGAAUCAGCUGUUGACGGGUUUAGCGCUCCAUAUUACGUCUCUUCAGUAUCUGAUAUUAUCAUGAGCUGUUGCUGUUUGAACCUGGCACACAUUUUACAAUGCAAAUAACAUGAUUCACCCAAAAACUGCA